AUGGUUAAUCGUAAAGUCAAAUUAUUAAUACCAAAAGAUCGUGGUGAAUUAAUUCCAAUAUUUUUUGUUUUAUUUCUUAUUUGUGUAUAUGUUAUAUUCGAAUUAUAUGUUAUUUUACCGGCUAUAUAUAAUAAUAUAUUUACAUAUAAAGAAAUUUGUCAUCUUAUAUUUGGACUUUAUAUUAUUUUUAAUUUAAUUGGAAAUUUAUUUUUAUGUAUGGCAAGUGAUACAUCAAUUGAUACAAUUAUAUGUCCUGUUCUAUUACCAUCACCAAAUAUAACAGCAUCACAAUCAUCAACAAAUACACAUCAAGAAAUGAUUUAUCAACAUUGUAAUUGGCAUUAUUGUCAUCGAUGUGAAGUUAAUGUUCCACCACGAUCUCAACAUUGUCAUUUAUGUAAAAAAUGUAUUUUAAAACGUGAUCAUCAUUGUUCAUUUCUUGGUCGAUGUAUUGGUUUUCGAAACAUCCGUUAUUAUAUGUGUUUUCUUAUUUGGACAUGGAUCGGUUUAUUCUAUUGUAAUAUUCUUCAUGUGGAUUAUACCUAUGAGCUUGUUGGAACUUUUUCAUGGCGUGUUAUUGUUGCUUGUCUUUUUCCAUUUGGUGCAUGGUUAUUUCGUGUUCUUGAUCAUUUCUCUCUCUUACUUUCAUUUAUUUGUUCAACAUCAAUUGUUCUAAGUCUUUAUAUAUUAUUUCUAAUUAUUCAACAAAUGUAUCUUAUUAUGAAUGGUCAAACAUGGCAUGAGCAUGGCAAAAAUAUUCAGAUAUAUAGUGGUCAAAAAGAUUUACAAUCAAAUCUAGAAAUUAUUUUUGGUCGACGAUGGUAUUGUGUUUUAUUUUCUCCACUUAUAUCAUCACCAGCAUAUGGUGAUGGAAUGACAUUUGAUUCAACAACGAAUGAACCUAGUAAUUCACGAACAAGUGAAAACAAACGAAUUUAA